AUGGCGAUGCGCAGAGCUUCGCUACAGCUGCCGACGCAUUCAGCCUCGGCGUCACGGCUGAGCGAGCGCCUCACGAACCCCAUAUGUCCGCGAUGCAUGCGACAAUUCGCGACGACAGCGGCGCCGCUCGCCGGGCACAACAAGUGGUCCAAGACGAAGCACAUCAAGGCCGUCACCGACAAGAAGAAGAUGGCUGAGCGCACGGCCUUUACCAAGCUCAUCGCCAUGUACUCGCGGAUGUACGGAGAAGACCUCAAGUUCAACUCGCAAUUGGCCAAUGCAGUCGCCGCGGCCACGAAGGCAAGCGUUCCUAAGUCGCUGGUGGAAGCCGCGAUAGCGCGAGGCCAAGGCCGCUCCGCGACCGGCGCGCAGCUCGAACCCAUGACGUUCGAGGUCCUCAUGCCGCCCAACAUCGCUCUCAUCGCCGACAUCGAGACGGACAACAAGACGCGGACGCUGCACGACCUCAAGUACGUGGUCAAGAAGGCCGGUGGCGUCGUCGGCGCCACCGCGUUUUACUUCUCCAAGCGCGGGCGGGCCGUCUUCAAGCCCAAGGCGGAUGGGCCGACCCUCUCGGACGUGCUGGACGAGUUCAUCGAGUACGAGGGCGCCGAGGACGUCGAGGAGCUGCCCGACGGCGGCUUCCUCGCCUGGACGCAGCCCGCGUCCGUGGCGGCCAUCACCGACGCCCUGUCGCGCAAGUUUGGGCUCGAAGUGCUCGAGUCUGACAUCAUGUGGGUGGCCAACGAGGACACGACGGUCGCUGUGGACUCGCACUCGUCGGCUGAGAGCCUCGACGCCCUCUUCUCGGGCCUCAGAGAGUACCCCGAGGUCAAGGCCGUGUUUGCCAAUGUCCGGCAGGGGAGCAUCAGCGACGACGAGUGGGACAGGAUAGAAAGGCACAUUGAUGUAUAA